GACCGCGCGCCGCCGCGGGGCAGAGGGCGGGGCUGGGGAGGGGACGCGCCGUGGCCCCCCCUCCCCUCCCACGCACCCCCCUGCUACGUCAGAAGCUCGCGGGCCGGCUCCGAGUCCUGUCGGUGGGGGCAGCAGGAUGCUGGUGGAAGCAGAGGGGGCCGGCCGGGUGCCUCCGCAGCUCGGCUGGCAGGGCCCCGCGGGACGCGUGCGGCUGCGAGCGCGAGGCCCCCCGCCCCCGCCUCCCCAUGCAGCCCUGGCAGUGCCUCCGGCGUUUUGCCCUGGCCUGGUGGGAGAGGACCGCCGAGGGCCGCGCCCGAUCGCCCCGGGAGGAGGUCGGACCGCGGGAGCCCGGGGCCCGAGGGGAGCCAGGGCUGCAGCGUGCGGCGGGAGGGAAGCCUGCUGGACUGUGUUCCCUCUGUUUAAAGUCUCCAGAUCCGGAGCGGAGCAGCCCCCCCAUGCUGUCUGCUGACGAUGCGGAGUACCCGCGGGAGUACCGGACCCUGGGGGGUGGGGGCGGGGGCGGCGGGGGCCGCCGCUUCUCCAACGUGGGGCUGGUGCACACGUCGGAGCGGCGCCACACGGUGAUCGCGGCGCAGAGCCUCGAGGCGCUGAGCGGGCUGCAGAAGGCGGACGCCGAGCGCAAGCGCGAUGCCUUCAUGGACCACCUGAAGAGCAAGUACCCACAGCACGCCCUGGCGCUGCGGGGCCAGCAGGACAGGAUGCGGGAGCAGGUUGGCGGCUGGACCGUGGACCCCGUGUGCCUCCUCAGCUCCCUCUGCUCCCACCUCCACGGCGACUCCACCCCCUCCGGGGCCAGCCAGCCCGCCCAGCAGCCAAACUACUGGAGUUUUAAGACCCGCAGCUCACGCCACACUCAGGGAGCCCAGCCCGGGCUGGCAGAUCAGGCAGCCAAGCUGUCGUACGCCUCGGCUGAGUCGCUGGAGACCAUGUCUGAGGCUGAGCUGCCCCUGGGCUUCAGUAGGAUGAACCGCUUCCGGCAGAGCCUGCCCCUCUCCCGCUCCGCCAGCCAGACCAAGCUGCGCUCGCCAGGGGUGCUGUUCCUCCAGUUCGGAGAGGAGACUCGGCGCGUGCACAUCACGCACGAGGUCAGCAGCCUGGACACGCUGCACGCACUGAUCGCGCACAUGUUCCCGCAGAAGCUCACCAUGGGCAUGCUCAAGUCGCCCAACACCGCCAUCCUUAUCAAAGACGAAGCGCGCAACGUCUUCUACGAGCUGGAGGACGUCCGGGACAUCCAGGACCGCAGUAUUAUCAAGAUCUACAGGAAGGAGCCUCUCUACGCUGCUUUCCCUGGCUCACACCUCACCAACGGGGAUCUCCGGAGAGAGAUGGUGUAUGCAUCGCGGGAGUCGUCACCCACACGGCGCCUUAACAACCUGUCGCCGGCGCCACAUCUGGCCUCGGGCUCGCCGCCGCCGGGGCUGCCGUCCGGGCUGCCGUCGGGGCUGCCGUCGGGGCUGCCGUCGGGCUCGCCCUCGCGCUCGCGCCUCUCCUACGCCGGCGGCCGGCCGCCCUCCUACGCCGGCAGCCCGGUGCACCACGCGGCCGAGCGGCUAGGAGGCGCCCCCGCCGCCCAGGGCGUCAGCCCCAGCCCCAGCGCCAUCCUGGAGCGGCGCGACGUGAAGCCGGACGAGGACCUGGCGGGCAAGGCGGGCGGCAUGGUGCUGGUGAAGGGCGAGGGGCUCUACGCCGACCCCUACGGGCUGCUGCACGAGGGCCGCCUGAGCCUGGCCGCGGCCGCCGGGGACCCGUUCGCCUACCCCGGCGCGGGAGGCCUGUACAAGCGCGGCUCGGUGCGCUCGCUCAGCACCUACUCGGCCGCCGCGCUGCAGUCGGACCUGGAGGACUCGCUCUACAAGGCGGCGGGCGGCGGCCCGCUCUACGGCGACGGCUACGGCUUCCGCCUGCCGCCCUCGUCGCCGCAGAAGCUGGCCGACGUAGCGGCGCCCCCCGGGGGACCCCCGCCGCCGCACAGCCCCUACUCCGGGCCGCCCAGCCGCGGCUCGCCGGUGCGUCAGUCUUUCCGCAAGGACUCGGGGUCCUCGUCGGUCUUUGCCGAGAGUCCAGGGGGCAAGACCCGCAGCGCCGGGGCUUCCUCCACGGCCGGAGCCCCUCCUCCCGAGCUCUUUCCCGGGCCCGGGGAACGCCCCCUCCUCGGGUUUGGGCCUCCCGUGCCAGCCAAGGACACUGAGACCAGGGAGCGCAUGGAGGCCAUGGAGAAGCAGAUUGCCAGCCUCACAGGCCUGGUGCAGAGUGCCCUGCUACGAGGCUCAGAGCCCGAGACGCCCAGUGAGAAGAUUGAAGGCUCCAAUGGAGCGGCCACCCCCUCAGCACCCUGCGGCUCAGGUGGGCGGAGCAGCGGGGCCACCCCAGUGUCGGGGCCACCCCAGCCCUCAGCGGGCAGUGCCUCUGCCGGGCAGCCCACACCCAUCAGCCGUUUGCAGCUGCAGCUCUACCUGCGUGGCCUGCAGAACAGCACCAGCGACCUGCGCAGCCAGCUCCAGCAACUGCGCAAGCUCCAGCUCCAGAACCAGGAGUCGCUGCGCGCGCUGCUGAAGGGCACGGAGGCGGAGCUGAGCAUGCGCGUGUCGGAGGCGGCGCGGCGGCAGGAGGACCCGCUGCAGCGACAGCGCACCCUGGUGGAGGAGGAGCGGCUGCGCUACCUCAACGACGAGGAGCUCAUCACUCAGCAGCUCAAUGACCUGGAGAAGUCGGUGGAAAAGAUCCAGCGGGACGUGUCCCACAACCACCGGCUGGUGCCCGGGCCCGAGCUGGAGGAGAAGGCGCUGGUGCUGAAGCAGCUCGGCGAGACGCUGACCGAGCUCAAGGCUCACUUCCCGGGCCUGCAGAGCAAGAUGCGGGUGGUGCUGCGUGUGGAGGUGGAGGCUGUGAAGUUCCUGAAGGAGGAGCCACAGCGCCUGGACGGGCUGCUCAAGCGCUGCCGCGGGGUCACGGACACGCUGGCCCAGAUCCGCAGGCAAGUGGAUGAGGGAGUGUGGCCGCCCCCCAACAACCUCCUGAGUCAGUCCCCCAAGAAGGUGGCGGCCGAGACCGACUUCGGCAAGAGCUUGGACUUUGAGAUGCCUCCGCCCAGCCCCCCAGUGCACCUCCAUGAACUGAGCGGGCCGACCGAGGGACCCCCGGUUCUCCCCAAGGGAAGCAACCCCAGCAAAGGCCUCGAUGCUCCUGGCAAGAGAAGCGUGGACAAGGCAGUGUCUGUGGAGGCUGCUGAGCGCGACUGGGAGGAGAAGCGAGCGGCCCUGAGCCAGUACAGCGCCAAGGACAUCAACCGCUUGCUGGAGGAGACGCAGGCCGAGCUGCUGAAGGCCAUCCCUGACCUGGACUGUGCUAGCAAGGCCCACCCGGGAGUGGCCCCCACCCCGGACCACAAGCCCCCCAAGGUCGCCCAUGGCCAGAAAGCAGCGCCCCGAACUGAGCCCAGCGGGAGGAGGGGCUCAGACGAGCUCACAGUACCCCGAUACCGCACGGAGAAGCCCUCCAAGUCCCCCCCGCCGCCCCCGCCCCGCCGGAGCUUUCCCUCCUCCCACGGACUGACGACCACGCGCACCGGCGAGGUGGUGGUCACCAGCAAGAAGGACUCGACGUUCAUCAAGAAGGCCGAAUCGGAGGAGCUGGAGGUGCAGAAGCCGCAGGUGAAGCUGCGUCGAGCCGUGUCGGAGGUUGCCCGCCCCGCCUCCACGCCACCCAUCAUGGCCUCGGCCAUCAAGGACGAGGAUGACGAGGACCGCAUCAUCGCUGAGCUGGAGAGCGGCGGUGGCAGCGUGCCUCCCAUGAAGGUGGUGACUCCAGGGGCCUCGCGGCUGAAGGCGGCACAGGGCCCGGCGGGCAGUCCCGACAAAGGCAAACACAGCAAGCAGCGGGCGGCCGAGUACAUGCGGAUCCAGCAGCAGGCCACUAAACCAUCUAAAGAAAUGAGCGGGUCGAAUGAGACCUCGAGCCCAGUCUCAGAAAAGCCCUCGGCUUCCAGAACCUCCAUUCCCGUAUUGACUUCCUUUGGGGCGAGGAAUUCUUCCAUCUCCUUCUAGAAGGGCCCUCACACUCCCACCCCAGCCUGUCCCCCCCUCCCCCCUGCCAUCUCUUUCCCUGCACUUUGUCCCCUCAUCUCCCCACACCCCACCCCAUUCUCCAGGACCCUCCUUAGGGUGGGCCACAGGCAUGGCCCCCCUCUAUAACCAUCCCCUGGGGGUGUUUUUGGUUUUUUUUUUUAAAGCAUUCACUUUCAAUUAUCUUUUUUUUUUUUAAUAAAAAAAGUAAAAGACAAAACAUUCAAACUAAAAGCCAAAACACACCACCUUCCCUUGACUUCCUGUUCCGGAAGGGCCCUCUUCCUGUCCUUUCCCCGCCUUUCUCUCCCCCACUCUUCCUCCAUGUCCAUCCCCAAGUCCCCGCCCUCCUUCCCACCCGCCUUCCCUGGACUUCCCAAGAGCUCUUCAAACAACUGAGCCACGGAGCCUUGGAGCGCAGAGACGCCCUCUCCCCUUCCUCGGAAACCUUCCCGCAGGACGCCCCGGACAAUGGACUGGCUGCAAAAUGGGGUGCAUUGCUGGGACACUGGCCCUGGAGGUGCCCCAGCCCUCCCGCCUAGAGCCUGGAUGUGAGGGAACUCUGGGCUCCCUGCCUGAGGGGCCCCGGCUGGGCUGGGCCUGGAGGUUCCUGAAAAUUUGGGCCUGGGGGAAGGGUGUGAGCUUCCUGGGGCUCCCUGAGGGGAGGAACUGCGUGGGGUGGUGGGCAAGGAAAAGAGGCCCUAGGGACUGUUGGGGGAGGCUGAGCCGUAGCCCUGACUUGGGAGAGGGCAGGCCCCAGGGGUGUUCUGUAUGUUUAGUUCCCUAAUUUAGCACUUACACGGACUUUACCUUAUUUAAUGAGGGCGGGGCCUAGAGAAUUAGAUUUUGAGGCCUGGCCGGUGGGAAGGGUCUGGCAGAGAGGGAAAUGGGACAGAAGGAAAGGGGCUAGGGUGGGGGGCAGCCAGGACAGCUCCAGCCUUACAGCCGGGGGGAUCUGGCCUCUCACCCUCCUGCCUCAGAUCUUCCAGGGAAGGGGUGCUUUUAAGUGGGGAGCUGGUGAUCCCCCAAGGCCCUGGGCUGUGAGGCUUCCCACUGGGCCCCGAGGGGGAGGAGAGGCUGAUUUCAGACCCAGCCCUGCAGCAUCCGCCCCAGAGGACAGUGAAGCCUACUGGGCGGGAGGAGAGAGGUCUGGAGGAGAUGGGGAGGGGGUGUUCCCCAGCAGCAGGGUUGCUGGUUGCAGCACAAAGUGGGGGAAGCACAGUGGAGUCCUGGGAGUCAGUUUCCCCCAGUAAGCACAGAAAGAUGGAUGGGGGAACCGCCUCCAUCCGGGGCCUACCGGAAGUGGUGUUUGGGGAGGGCCAGGGGGAGCUGUCGACGCUGGGGAGGGGGAACCGGGUUGGGUUUCUUCAUUUCUUUCUUUUUUUUUUUUUUUGGUUGGUUCAUCCUUGUUUCCUAGCUUUGGAUCAUUUUUGUACAAAGGCAAGCAGGCCUUUUUGAAAAAGAACAAAAGGGGAAAAAAAGCCCCUCCUGAAAAAAAAAAUCCUGGAAAACAACAAAAAAAAAGGACCUCAUAAAUGAUGCAAUUAGUUUUAAUUGCAGGCAACUCUUUACAUUUAAGUGAAGUGUCUUAACAUUUUAUAUUGUUUUAAAAAUAUAUUUACAUAUUAUAUAUAUAAUAUACGUAAUAUAAAUAUAUAUAAAUAUUUAAAAAAGAAAAAAAAAAGGACGCACGGCUCCCUCCUGGCCGCUGUUAGGGCGGGGAGGGGCAGGAGGGCGGGCACACGGGCCUGGCUUGGGUGGGGCGGUGACGCGCUUUGACCUGAUUGGCUGUACAGAGACCCCACCCACCCUGGCUUGGGCGGGGAAGGGGGAGUGGUGUCCCGUCCCCCUCCGCCCCUUUACUCUUUGCUUGCUACUUUUCGCUUGCCCCCAGCCCUGUGAUCUGAAUGUGUGCCCCCCACUGUCACUGUCCUGAGUUGACUGUCCCUUUGUGGGGGAGAGGUGGGGGGGGAAGUUUCCACCCACGAGGGGCGGGUGGAGGGAGCCACGUGCCCGGCCCGCCCCGCCGCCCCGCCCCCCACGUGGAGCCCCGUGGGAUUCGCAUCUUUCACUCUGGUUCCUGCACAUUUUCUGGCUGAGAGGCUUUGCAAGGAGCGUGCCGCCUCCGUGUGUGCGUGCGUGUGUGUGUGUGUGUGUGUGUGUGUGUGUGUGUGUGUGCGCGCGCGCGUGUGACCACUCCCCCUCACUUGUGUGUGCAAUCAGUGCGUGCAGCCUGCCUGGGACCGCGCGUCAGGUGUGCAGAUGAUAAUAUACGUAAUAUAUUAUCAUGUGUGAAUGGCUGUGCGUCGAGGCUGUGAGCGUGCACGUGUGUGUGCGCGCGCACGUGUGCGUGUGCGCGAGCCAACGUGUGUGCGUGUGCACCAUCUCCCUGCCCCACUUGCUCCGGCUGCCCUCCCCAGCACCCCUCAGGUCCUCUCCAAGCCCACAGCACGUUGCCUCCCCAGCUGCAUGCGCCUCGCUGCUCUGUCCAUCAGUGUGUGCUUGACCAAGAGAAAACUAAGACAUCUGGGGGGACCCCUGUACCUGGCCCCCCAGCCCCCACCCACUGUGCUGUGUUACUCGCAUGGGGGGUUACUCUCCCACCCCUGCCACAAUACGCUGUUUCCCCGGGAGCCUCAGGCCCGAGACUCGGACAGGGGCUCCCACUGGGGCCCCGCGGGCCUGACCCCGCACCUCACCCUGUCACCCCCGUAGGGCCCGUGUUGGUGUAGCAGUGGCAGCUUCUGUGGAUAUUCUGUGACCUCUGUCGGUGUAACUUGACAAUUUCUAAAUGGAAAAGGGUUGCUGUGUUUUCUGUCUCUUUUUUAAUGUCCUUUUUCUUCUCCCCACUUCCCCGCUCUCUUUCCUUUUCGGUUUUUCUAGCCGAGUGUUUGGGGCUUCAAUAAAACUGGUUUCUUUUUCCUCUCCUGGA